ACCACCACCACCACCACCACCACCACCACCACCAUCAACAUCACGCGUUCACGUUCACUUUUCUUCACUCUUGUUUCUUCUUCUUCUUUCUCUUGUCAGCUCCUCCUCCUGCAUGCGCUUCAACGUUUUCUGGUAAUGAAACUGGAGAUUUAGAAAAACAAGGUGAUUUGUUUCCACAGAUUCUACGAGAUGAGGCAGUGGGGAGACUCUAUCAGCUUGGAAAGGUGAGUGAUGGUAAUGGCUAUCUGGAGAGAACAUUCUUGAGUCCUGCAUCUAUGAGAGCAAUCAACGUUAUCCGCGAGUGGAUGGAGGACGCUGGUUUGAGAACUUGGGUGGACCAAAUGGGAAACGUACACGGCCGAGUUGAAGGUGCGAAUCCAAAUGCCGAGGCCUUAUUGAUUGGAUCUCACAUGGAUACUGUUGUGGAUGCUGGCAUGUUUGAUGGAUCACUAGGAAUAGUAUCAGCAAUAUCUGCACUAAAGGCUUUGAAAGUCAAUGGAAAGCUGGAAAAGCUAAAGCGCCCUGUUGAGGUGAUUGCAUUUUGUGAUGAAGAAGGAGUGAGGUUUCAAACUACUUUCUUGGGUAGUGGCGCUAUAGCCGGCAUUUUACCUGCUACAACAUUGGAGAUAUCUGAUAAGAGGGAUGCAAUGAUAAAAGAUGUUCUCAAGGAGAAUUCUAUAGAAAUUACAGAGGAAAGUUUGUUACAGCUCAAGUAUGAUCCAAAAUCUGUUUGGGGCUAUGUUGAGAUUCACAUUGAACAGGGGCCUGUGCUAGAACAGAAGGGUUUUCCACUUGGUGUGGUUAAAGGCAUAGCUGGCCAGACCAGAUUGAAGGUUACUGUUAGAGGAUCACAGGGUCAUGCCGGGACUGUACCGAUGUCCAUGCGCCAAGAUCCUAUGGCUGCUGCUGCUGAAUUAAUAGUAGUUAUGGAAAACCUCUGCAAGAACCCAGAAGAAUUCCUUUCUUAUGAUGAUCAUUGCAGUGAUUCUACGGUGAAAUCACUUUCGAGUUCACUUGUUUGUACAGUUGGAGAGAUAUCAACAUGGCCGAGUGCUAGUAAUGUCAUUCCAGGCCAGGUUACAUAUACUGUGGACAUUCGAGCAAUUGAUGACCUUGGACGCGAGGCUGUUAUCUAUGAUUUAUCAAAAAGAAUGUAUCAAAUAUGCGAUAAGCGCUCCGUUUCCUGCAAUAUUGAACAUAAGCAUGAUGCAGGUGCUGUGAUUUGUGAUUCUGAGCUAAGUUCGCAGCUCAAAUCCGCAGCAUAUUCUGCACUAAAGAGGAUGGAGGGUGACAUUCAGGAUGAAGUUCCAACAUUGAUGAGUGGAGCAGGCCAUGAUGCAAUGGCUAUGUCUCAUUUAACAAAGGUUGGGAUGCUGUUUGUGCGGUGUCGCGGAGGAAUAAGUCACUCUCCUCAAGAGCAUGUUCUAGAUAAUGAUGUUUGGGCUGCUGGUUUGGCAACCCUCUCAUUUCUGGAGAAUCUAUGAAACUAAAUAAUAACUUGUGCAACACUUUGUAGU